AAAUAGAAACUGCUGGAAAAGCUCAGCAGGUCCGGUUCGCAUCUGUGGACGGAAAUCAGAGUUAACGUUUCGGGUCGUCUGACCCCCUCCUCAUCUUCAGAACUGCUAAUCCCAACCGAGCGCUCAUACUCUCACCCCUCUGAUCAUAGCCUACCCGUCCUUACUUCCUUCGAGUCACCUUAUAAGAAAAUGCCAGCUUUUCUUCGCCUUUCGUUUUAUAUCUGCCCUCUGGUGGCAGAUGGUAAAGGAGAGGACGAAGGCGGAAGUGUAGUUUUAAAACACGAAUUAAAUUCAACACGAGAGGGGAAAAACAUUCUGAUACUAAAAACAAAGAAUUCAAGAAUGUCAAUCGAUUGGGUAAGCUUUUCCUAUGCUGCUAUUGUGACGGUGGGUGGCAUUCUGGGAUAUACUCGGAAAGGGAGUGUGAUGUCUUUGAUGUCUGGACUGCUUUUUGGAUCUCUAGCAGGAUACGGUGCUUAUCAAGUUUCAAAUGACCCACGAAAUGUUAAGAUCUCAUUGUUAACUGCAGGAAUUUUGACCACAGUAAUGGGAGUGCGCUAUAAAAGGUCUGGAAAGCGGACCUCGAAUUUGCCGCUGACACGGAUGUAGCAAACAAUGUCUCACCUCUCUGUGUUCGAAUGCUGGAAGUCAAGCCCCAAUGUUCCUGAAGUCAUCACAAAAGUUAAGAGAUUUUUAAAAGUACCCAAAAUUCCCCAAUUUACCUGUCUUUUAGGUUCCUGUUUACUGAAAACACUGACCAGGUUUCUAUACCUAACAAAAUCUACUAUUUACUAGUAACAAAUAGACUUUUGAGGCUGACAUGGCACAAUAAUUGUGUCCCUCCCUCUUGCUCAGAGAAGCAAGGUUCAAAUCCUACCCACUUCAGAGAUGUGUCAUAAAAUGCCUGAGCAAGUUGAUUUUUAAAAAAAUCUAUUAGUAGUGAAUGGGCUGUUGUAUUGCAAUAGGGUAAUGUAAAGAGAUGGAGCAAUUCCUAAAACUUGUGCAAGAGAAUUUUUCUUUAAAAAAGGUAAAAGUUUACCUGCAGCAAGAGCUUACUUUAUGAACUGUCAGCAUAUAACUCUACUAACUAAAAUUGUCAUUCCUGUACAAAUUUCCUCUUGCACAGACAAAUUGGCAAAAUACAAAGCAUGUUAUGGACAAAGGGAAAACUGGUAAAGCAGUUCAAUGGUUCCUCUUCACAGUGGUUGCUGAGAUGGCUGUUGUGCUGGUCAGAACACUGCUUCUCCUUGUCCAAAUAGUUUCCACUGGUUUGCCAGAGGCACAGGGUGGCUAGUUCACUUAUAAAAGCUCUCUGACGAACCAAUUAGAUCAGAGCUUACAGCAACUGCUGAAGGAAAGAUAGGCCGGAAGUGGCUGUUACUGCAGAGAAUAUAGAGAGUGAGAGAGAGCUAAACUGUUUGUGUCCCAAAGACUUCUGUGUAUCUUGUUCACAACUCCACGCUGUUCACCUGUCUGAGAACCAAUCAUGUGGUGGUUGGCAGGCAGAAGUAUUUUGUCCUUGGCGAUCACGAGUCCACAAACAGAUCUGCUACUUGUUGUAAACCAAAGCUCGUUAUGCACAAAACCUUUCUGCUGCAGUUUGUCCACAAUCACUGCUGUAACCCACAGGGGUACAAACAAUGACACAUUGAGUAUCAAGUUAUUUGUUUUCAAACCAUGCAGCGAUUCUUGCAAUCUGUGGGUUUAAAACAGUUCUUUCCCUAUUUCAGUGCACAACUUAAAAAAACACCAUUAAAUUAUGAAGACACUGUUUGGACCAUAAGACCACAAGAUGUAAGAGCAGAAUUAGGCUAUUUGGCUCAUCGAGUCUGUUCACUGUUUGAUUAUGGCUGAUAUGUUUUGCAAUCCCAUUCCCCUCUUCUCCCCAUAACCCCUCACUAAUCAAUAAACUAUUUAUUUAUUUCUGCCGAAAAGACACUCAGUAACUCGGCUUCCACAGCCUUCUGAGGCAGUGAGAUCCACAGAUUCUGAUUGAAGAAAAUCUUCACGUCCGUUCUUAAUGGUCAUCCCUUCAUUCUAAGGCUGUGCCCUCGAUCUCUUCUACUCGAGAGAAGAUCUUCGUGUCCGCUCUACCCAAGCCUCUGUUUUCGCUAAGUUUCAAUGAGAUCUCCCCUCGUCCUUCUGAACUCUGAGAACUGACCCAGAGUUUCAACCAAUUCUCAUAUGACGAGCCCUUCAUUCCCAGGAUCAUUCUUGGAAAACUCCUCUGGACCCUCUCCGAGACCAGCACAUCCUUCCUUAGAUACGGCGCCCAAAACUAGUUAAAAUAUUCCAGUUGCAGUCUGAGCAAAGCCUUAUACAGGCUCAGCAGUACAUCACUGCAGUUGUAUUCUAGCCCUGCCUGUCCCUCCACCUAUCUUUGGGUCAUCUGUAAACUUACAAGUAAUGCACACAGUUCCUUUCUCCAGAUCAUUAAUGUAUAACAUGAAUAGUUGUGGUCCCAACACUGACCCCUGCAGAACGCCAGUGGUCACCCGCUGCCAUCCAGUAAAAGACCCCUUUGUCUACACUCUGCCUUCUGUAAGUCAGCAAAUCCCCUAUCCGUACGAGUAACUUGCCUCUAACACUAUACACUGUUAACGUAUUUAGCAUCCUCCUGUGCAACACCUGGUCAGAGGCCUUUAGGAAAUCCAAAUUGAUCAUGUCCACUAGUUCUCCUUUGUCUAACUUGCUCAUUAUCUCAAAAAACUUUGACAGAUAUGUCAGGCAUGACCUCCCCUUAAUGAAGCCGUGCUGACUGAGCCCUAUUUUACCAUGCACUUCUAAGCACUCCACAAUUUCAUUCUCAGUAAUGGACUCUUAACAUCUUGCCAACGACCGAGGUCAGACUAACUGGUUUAUAAUUUCUCAUCUUCUGCCUCCUUGCCUUCGUAAAUAAGCGUGUUACUUUAGCAAUUUUCCACUCCUGUGGGAUCUUCUGUGUCUCCAGUAAUUCCUGAAUGAUUGCAAUCCAUGCAUCUACAAUCACAACUAUCUCCUUCAGAACGCUGGGGUAUGGUCUGUCUGGCUCAUCUUUACAGCAAAAAGGAGGAGUGUUCAUAAAAGAUUAAACUAACUUCAAGAUGGCAUUGGCUAGAGAAUGGUCACAGUUGGCAGAUGUAAAUUUUAUGUAGAGAAGUGUUUGGUCACGCACUUUAAAGGAACAAAAAGGCAGGGCAGUGUAAUUCACAGAGCAAAUGCUGACACAUGAAAGAAGUGACACUGCAGGAUACAAAUAGUUAAUUUCUUGAAAUUUCUCAGCAGAGAUCUGGUGCUUGGGAAUUGUUGAUUCUGAUGUGGUGUAACCCUGUUCUGACCCUGAGAGUGGAGGAUUGGUAGAAACCUUUGGGAAGAAAAAAGUGUACUUUAUAUUUAUUGUUCCUUAUCACCACGUUAUCUAAGUUUAUGUGCUGUACAAUCUCUCUCAAAAUGAUUUUCUUCUUCC